GAGGUCGACGAACAGAUGCUCAAUGUGCAGAACAAAAACUCUUCAUACUUUGUGGAGUGGAUUCCUAACAACAUCAAGGCUUCAGUGUGCGACAUCCCCCCAAAGGGCCUCAAGAUGGCAGUUGCCUUCGCAGGUAAUUCAACAGCGAUUCAGGAAAUGUUUAAGCGUGUAGCAGAGUACUUCACGGCGAUGUUCCGGCGCAAGGCCUUCCUGCACUGGUACACCGGCGAGGGCAUGGACGAGAUGGAGUUCACCGAGGCGGAGAGCAACAUGAACGACCUUGUCUCGGAGUACCAGCAGUACCAGAUGCCCUCUGAUAAGACGAUCGGAGGCGGCGACGAUGCCUUCAACACGUUCUUCUCCGAGACUGGCGCUGGCAAGCACGUCCCCCGCUGUGUGAUGGUCGACCUAGAGCCCACUGUGGUCGAUGAAGUACGCACGGGUACAUACCGUCAGCUGUUCCACCCUGAGCAGCUCAUCUCGGGCAAGGAGGACGCCGCGAACAACUUCGCGCGAGGCCACUACACCAUCGGCAAGGAGAUCGUCGACCUCGUCCUGGAUCGGAUCAGGAAGUUGGCCGACAACUGCACUGGCCUCCAGGGCUUCAUGAUCUACAAUGCCGUCGGCGGAGGCACCGGCUCCGGGCUCGGUUGCCUGAUGCUGGAGCGCUUGUCUGUGGAUUACGGGAAGAAGACGAAGUGCUCUUUCACUGUGUGGGCGUGCCCGCAGGUCGCCACGGCAGUGGUGGAGCCCUACAACACUGUUCUCUGCGUGCACUCCCUCCUGGAGCACACAGAUGUCACCAUCAUGUAUGACAACGAGGCAUUGUACGAUAUAUGCCGCCGCAACCUUGACAUCGAGCGCCCUACUUACACCAACCUGAACAGGCUGCUGGCGCAGAUCAUCUCCUCGCUGACUGCGUCGUUGCGCUUCGACGGUGCUCUGAACGUGGACAUCACCGAGUUCCAGACGAACUUGGUGCCCUACCCACGCAUCCACUUCAUGCUCUCCAGCUAUGCACCCGUGAUCUCUGCGGAGAAGGCGUACCAUGAACAGCUGUCAGUGGCGGAGAUCACCAUGUCCGUCUUCGAGCCCGCAUCCAUGUUCGUGAAGUGCGACCCUCGUCAUGGUAAGUAUAUGGCAUGCUGUAUGAUGUACCGCGGAGACGUAGUGCCCAAAGAUGUGAACGCUGCGGUAGCUACUAUAAAGACCAAGCGCACCAUUCAAUUCGUGGAUUGGUGCCCCACGGGCUUCAAGUGCGGCAUCAACUAUCAGCCUCCCACAGUGGUCCCUGGUGGCGACCUGGCCAAAGUCAUGCGCGCCUGCUGCAUGAUCAGCAACUCCACCGCCAUCGCAGAGGUCUUCUCGCGCAUCGACCACAAGUUCGACCUCAUGUACUCGAAGCGCGCGUUCGUGCACUGGUAUGUGGGCGAGGGCAUGGAGGAGGGCGAGUUCUCCGAGGCUCGCGAGGACCUGGCGGCGCUGGAGAAGGACUACGAGGAGGUGGGCAUCGAGACCGCAGAGGGCGAGGGCGAGGAAGAGGGCUACGGCGACGAGUUCUGCUUCGGGGUCACCAGACCAAGCAGUGGGAUCCCGGCUGCAGAAGUAAAGGCGGACGUCGCAUGGAUCAUUUCUCGAAUGAAGCGGAACGAGGAUAGCGCUGAAGACUGCUUGGUGGCCGGGAUGUUGAAGGGGGGCGGGAACGAUAUCAUGAAUCCCAUCGCGGGGGUUUUUGCUGUCUUGCUCAACGGCGUGUCCCGGGCCCCGGCAAAGUUCUGGGAAGUAAUCUCUGAUGAACAUGGUAUAGAUCCUACAGGCACUUAUCAUGGAGAUUCCGACCUCCAGCUCGAGCGCAUCAACGUCUACUACAAUGAGGCCACAGGGGGCCGUUAUGUUCCGCGCGCUGUGCUGAUGGAUUUGGAGCCAGGCACCAUGGACAGCGUCCGUGCAGGACCUUUUGGCCAGCUUUUCCGUCCGGACAACUUCCGGUGGCGGAUUUGGUCAGACCGGCGCAGGUAA